AUGUACCUUUCCAUCUGUUGCUGCUUUCUCCUGUGGGCCCCUGCCCUGACACUCAAAAACCUCAACUACUCAGUGCCAGAGGAGCAAGGGGCCGGCACGGUGAUAGGCAACAUAGGCAAAGAUGCCCGACUGCAACCCGGGCUUCCGCCGGCUGAGCGCGGUGGCGGCGGCGGGCGAAGCAAGUCCGGCAGCUACCGGGUGCUGGAGAACUCCGCACCGCACCUGCUGGACGUGGACGCGGACAGCGGGCUCCUCUACACUAAGCAGCGCAUCGACCGGGAGUCCUUGUGCCGCCACAAUGCCAAGUGCCAGCUGUCCCUAGAGGUGUUCGCUAACGACAAGGAGAUCUGCAUGAUCAAGGUAGAGAUCCAGGACAUCAACGACAAUGCUCCCUCUUUCCCCUCGGACCAGAUCGAGAUGGACAUCUCAGAAAACGCGGCGCCCGGCACCCGCUUCCCCCUUACUAGCGCACACGACCCUGACGCUGGCGAGAACGGGCUCCGCACCUAUCUGCUCACCCGAGAUGAUCAUGGCCUCUUUGCACUGGACGUCAAGUCCCGCGGCGACGGCACCAAGUUCCCUGAGCUGGUCAUCCAGAAAGCCCUGGACCGCGAGCUGCAGAACCACCACACUCUGGUGCUGACUGCCCUGGAUGGCGGUGAGCCUCCGCGCUCUGCCACUGUGCAGAUCAAUGUGAAGGUGAUCGACUCCAACGACAACAGUCCAGUCUUCGAGGCUCCCUCAUACUUAGUGGAACUGCCCGAGAACGCGCCCCUGGGCACCGUGGUCAUUGAUCUGAAUGCCACGGACGCUGAUGAAGGUCCCAACGGGGAAGUACUCUAUUCCUUCAGUAGCUAUGUGCCCGACCGCGUGCGGGAGCUCUUCUCCAUAGAUCCCAAAACCGGCCUGAUCCGCGUUAAGGGCAACUUGGACUAUGAGGAGAAUGGCAUGCUGGAGAUCGACGUGCAGGCCAGAGACCUAGGUCCUAACCCAAUUCCAGCCCACUGCAAGGUCACGGUCAAGCUGAUCGACCGCAACGACAACGCGCCGUCCAUUGGUUUCGUCUCCGUGCGCCAGGGGGCGCUGAGCGAAGCCGCCCCGCCUGGCACAGUCAUCGCCCUGGUUCGGGUCACUGACCGAGACUCAGGCAAGAAUGGGCAGCUGCAGUGUAGGGUACUGGGUGGAGGAGGGACUGGCGGUGGAGGUGGCCUAGGGGGGCCGGGUUCCGUCCCCUUCAAGCUUGAAGAGAACUAUGACAACUUCUACACCGUGGUUACUGACCGUCCGCUGGACCGCGAGACACAGGACGAGUACAACGUGACAAUUGUGGCCCGGGACGGGGGCUCCCCUCCACUCAACUCCACCAAGUCCUUCGCUGUCAAGAUUCUGGAUGAGAAUGACAACCCGCCUCGGUUCACCAAAGGGCUGUACGUUCUCCAAGUACACGAGAACAACAUUCCAGGAGAAUACCUCGGUUCAGUGCUCGCCCAAGAUCCCGACCUGGGCCAAAAUGGGACAGUGUCCUACUCCAUUCUUCCCUCACACAUUGGCGACGUGUCUAUCUACACCUAUGUGUCGGUGAACCCCACUAACGGGGCCAUAUAUGCCCUGCGCUCCUUUAACUAUGAACAAACGAAGGCUUUUGAAUUCAAGGUGCUGGCUAAGGACUCGGGGGCACCAGCACACUUGGAGAGCAACGCCACUGUGAGGGUGACAGUAUUAGACGUGAAUGACAAUGCUCCAGUGAUUGUGCUCCCCACUCUACAGAACGACACAGCUGAGUUGCAGGUUCCACGAAAUGCUGGCCUGGGCUACCUGGUAAGCACCGUGCGCGCCCUGGACAGCGACUUUGGAGAGAGCGGGCGCCUCACGUAUGAGAUUGUGGAUGGCAACGACGACCACCUGUUUGAGAUCGAUCCGUCCAGCGGCGAGAUCCGCACGCUGCACCCCUUCUGGGAGGAUGUGACCCCCGUGGUGGAGCUAGUAGUGAAGGUGACUGAUCAUGGCAAGCCCACCCUGUCCGCGGUGGCCAAACUCAUCAUUCGUUCAGUGAGCGGCUCUCUGCCUGAGGGGGUACCGCGUGUGAAUGGGGAGCAGCACCACUGGGACAUGUCGCUGCCUCUCAUAGUGACUCUGAGCACGAUUUCUAUCAUCCUCCUAGCGGCCAUGAUCACCAUAGCUGUCAAGUGCAAACGGGAAAACAAGGAGAUUCGCACUUACAACUGCCGCAUCGCCGAGUAUAGCCACCCACAGCUAGGCGGGGGGAAGGGCAAGAAGAAGAAAAUCAACAAAAACGAUAUCAUGCUGGUGCAGAGCGAGGUGGAGGAGAGGAACGCCAUGAACGUCAUGAACGUGGUGAGCAGUCCCUCCCUGGCCACCUCCCCCAUGUACUUCGACUACCAAACCCGCCUGCCCCUCAGCUCGCCCCGGUCAGAGGUGAUGUAUCUUAAGCCAGCCUCCAACAACCUGACUGUCCCGCAGGGGCACGCAGGCUGCCACACCAGCUUCACCGGACAAGGGACUAAUUCGAGCGAGACCCCUGCCACUCGGAUGUCCAUAAUUCAGACAGACAAUUUUCCCGCAGAGCCCAAUUACAUGGGCAGCAGGCAGCAGUUUGUUCAAAGUAGCUCCACGUUUAAGGACCCAGAAAGAGCCAGCCUGAGAGACAGUGGGCACGGGGACAGUGAUCAGGCUGACAGUGACCAAGACACUAACAAAGGCUCCUGCUGUGACAUGUCUGUUAGGGAGGCACUCAAGAUGAAAACUACUUCAACUAAAAGUCAACCACUUGAACAAGAACCGGAAGAGUGCAUUAAUUGCACAGAUGAAUGCCGAGUGCUUGGUCAUUCUGAUAGGUGUUGGAUGCCACAGUUCCCUGCAGCCAAUCAGGCCGAAAACGCAGAUUACCGCACAAAUCUCUUUGUACCCACAGUUGAAGCUAAUGUUGAGACUGAGACUUAUGAAACUGUGAACCCCACUGGGAAAAAGACUUUUUGUACAUUUGGAAAAGACAAGCGAGAGCACACUAUUCUCAUUGCCAAUGUGAAACCUUAUUUAAAAGCCAAACGUGCCCUGAGCCCUCUCCUACAAGAGGUCCCCUCAGCAUCUAGCAGCCCCACCAAGGCAUGCAUUGAGCCUUGCGCCUCCACAAAAGGCUCCCUGGAUGGCUGUGAAGCAAAAUCAGGGGCUCUAGCCGAAGCGAGCAGUUCCUAUCUGCCCACUGACAGUCAGUAUCUGUCACCCAGUAAGCAACCAAGAGACCCUUCCUUCAUGGCUUCUGAUCAGAUGGCGAGAGUAUUUGCGGAUGUGCAUUCCAGAGCCAGCCGGGAGUCCAACGAGAUGGGAGCCGUGCUGGAGCAGCUUGAUCACCCCAACAGAGAUCUGGGUAGAGAAUCCGUGGAUGCGGAAGAAGUUGUGAGAGAGAUUGAUAAGCUCUUGCAGGACUGCCGGGGAAAUGAUCCUGUAGCUGUGAGAAAGUGAGGGGGAAAGGCAAUUGGCAUUUUCUUGUCUCUUCUGUUGAUUUAAAAAUGAUUACUCCCGGUGACAACCCAUUUUACAGGGAUGGAAAAGGACCAAUGCUGCUUUCAGGCUUUUAGUGAACAUCUGAAGUGCCCACAAGUAUGUUCUUUUCACUGCUGUUUCUUUUACAGAAAUAACAAUGGUUUUGACCAAACUUAUAUUAGGACAGAAUUAAUGACGCAUAAGGAGAAACAAGAAAAGAGAGAGAGAAGAAACUGGAGAGAAGAAAAAGGAGGAUGAGGAGACAAGUUACCUUUUGACAAUCUGUUAGGAAGGUAUACAACGUGCGACUUAAAAUGUUUCUGAUCACUUUAAGACUGUCCUCCGAGAUCGAUGCUGACUUAACUGUUUACCUAUAAACCCCAUACAAAGCAGGGUCAUAUUUGUUAUCUGUGGUGGAUUUCUAGCUGACAUCACAGGCUUCUACUGAAAGUCCUGAAAAGACCUUGCAGUAGUCCAAGCUACACCAAACAUUAACACAUAUUUGUGGUAAACAUUUCUGUAUAAAGUACCUGCCAAGCAUAGAAACACAAAGACCAUUCCAUAUCAUU